AAAAAGAAAGCUUCCGAAAAACAAGUAGAGGUUGAAACCCCUGACGUAACUGAGGAAUCUGUGUCAGAGAAAAAGAAAAAGAAAGCUUCCGAAAAACGAGUAGAGGUUGAAACCCCUGACAUAUCUGAGGAACCUGUUUCGGAAAAAAAGAAAAAGAAAAAACGAGCAGAGGUUGAAACCCCAGACAUAAUUGAGGAAUCUGAAUCUGUUUCAGAGAAAAAGAAAAAGAAAGCAUCCGAAAAACAAGCAGAAGCUGAAACCCCUGACAUAACCGAGGAAUCUGUUUCAGAGAAAAAGAAAAAGAAAGCAUCCAAAAAGCAUGCAUCGGAUGCUGAAGAGGAAAGCGUAGAAGAACAAAUCACAUCUACAGCUUCCCCAGAACAUUCAAAAGCAAAAUCAAAGAAACGUAGGGUUACGGAGAUAGAAGAUGUCACAAAAGAGCAAAGUGCCGAACCACCUAAACCCGAAAAAUCAAAGAAAUUAAAGGUGUCCAAAGAUAAAUCCGUAAAAGUUGAAGAAGAGUCGAAGAAAAAAGGAAAGCAAAAAGAGGAGGAACCUGUUAAAGCAGAGUCAAGUAAGGUUGUGCAAAAAUCUAAG